AUGGGAACUGAUUGUACAUCUUUUCACAAUGUUGCACAAAAAUCAUACGAUGAUUUGUUAAAUGAGACUCAAAAUAUACGAAAUACGUUUGAGAAAUUUACCGAUGAAGAUCGUAAGAAGAAUAGAUUGAGAUUAAAAGCUAUUAUUUAUGUAGUCCGUUGGUGUGCCUUUCAAGCAAUUGCAUUUAGAGGUCAUAAUGAAAGACAAGAUUCCAUUAACAAAGGAAAUUUCCUUGAAAUAUUGGAGGCAAUUUGUUCUUUUAACAAUGAGAUGAAAGAAUUGUUUCGUACUGCUCCUAAACAUGCAUCAUAUACAUCACCAACAAUUCAAAAGGAGAUUUUAAACUUUAUCUCUAAUAGGGUGAGACGGAUGAUUUGUGAGGAGAUUGAUGGUGGAAAAUUUUGUUUAUUUGUUGAUGAAGCACGUGAUGAGUCUAACAGAGAACAAAUGUCUAUUGUUUUGAGAUUCGUAAAUAAAGAUGGCGUUAUUAUGGAGCGUUUCUUUGGACUUGUUCAUGUUCCCGACACUACAUCCCAAACUCUGAAGGAUAAAAUAUAUUUUCUAUUGACACAUAACAAUCUUGAUUUUGAGUCGAUUCGUGGCCAAGGGUAUGACGGUGCAAGCAAUAUGCGAGGUCAUUUCAAAGGUUUACAAGCAUUGAUUUCAAAAGAUUGUCCAUCUGCAUAUUAUGUUCAUUGUUUUGCUCAUCGAUUGCAAUUAGCAUUAAUGGCCGCUUCACAAGGAGUUAUUGCGGUGCAAAAGUUUUUUACUAAAUUAUCUUUUGUUAUCAACGUCGUUGGUGCUUCUUCCAAGCGUUCCGACCAACUAAGAGAUGCACAAGCCGAACAAAUGGCAUAUUUUAAAUCUAUUGGUGAGUUGGAUACUGGUAGAGGCCUCAAUCAGAUUGGUACAUUACAACGGGCUGGGGAUACCAGAUGGGGUUCUCACUUGAAAUCGGUUUCAAGCUUAAUAAAAAUGUUUAGUCCGAUUUGUGAGGUUUUAUUUAAAAUUAUUGAGGAUGACACUGGUUCGAUCAAAGGAGAUGCAUAUUCAGCAUAUGAGACUAUUACUACAUUUGAAUUCAUUUUUGUUCUACAUCUCGAGAAAGAAAUAAUGGAGAUCACAUAUUUACUUUGCCAAGCUUUACAAAGACAAUCUCAAGAUAUAUUGAAUGCAUUGAGGCUAGUUGCAUCCACAAAAUUGCUAUUGCAAAAAAUGAAAGAUGAAAGAUGGGAUAGUUUUCUCGCUCAUGUUAAGUCAUUUUGUCUUGAACGCAACAUCGAUAUCCCUGAUUUGUCUUCUUCUUACUUUAGUAGAGGGGCUCGAGCUCGUAAUGAGCAUAGCGAUCAUACACUUGAACAUCAUUAUCGGGUAGAUAUUUUCAUCGAAGCAAUUAACUGUCAGUUAAUGGAAUUAGAUCAUCGAUUCAAUGAUAGCUCGAUGGAGUUACUCCAUCUUUCAGCAACUUUAGAUCCUAAAAAUUCUAAUGAGCCUUUUCGAAGUGGUGAUGUAUGUCAAUUAGUAGAAAAGUUUUAUCCUGAAGAUUUCAAUGAAACCGAGAUAAAUCUUUUGAAGAUGCAACUCCAACAUUACGAGGUGGACGUCGUUCAACGUGAAGAAUACAAACAAUUGAUAUCUAUUUCAGAAUUGUGUCAAUGGUUGAUAAAGACUAAAAGAGCAACCAAUUUUUAUCUUAUUUAUCUAGUAGUUAGCCUUAUACUCACUCUUCCGAUUUCCACAGCUACAACUAAGAGAUCAUUUUCAGCAAUGAGUCUUGUUAAAACAAGGCUACGAAAUAAAAUGGAAGAUGAAUUUUUGAACAACUCAUUGGUUUUAUACUUCGAAAGGGAGCUUGCAUAA